CUGUCAUCCUAAACUAUUCUCAGUCCUGAGAGCACUCUUCCCGGCUCAGUUGUUCUCCAUCACAGAGGACAACAAUGUUGCGUCUUGCGACCCUUGGCCUCCUCCUUGCUCUGGCAGUGACUCUAAGCAGCUCUGCAGUGGUUCUGGAAAAUGGCAUGCCAACCCUUUGGUCACAAACAGCCAGCCAAGUCAAUGAACUACCUAUGGUGGAUGGGAUUGUGAAUCCGAAUCCUUGGAAUUAUCUGAACCGCCAGAGUUUGUACCGUCUGAUGAUUGGUGCUACAGACCCCUAUAUUGGCUACUUGGGAACCAACCCCAAUGAGAAUCCCAUGUGGGGACUACCAUUGCAGCUUGGAUGGAUGCUAACCUCAGGUCGCCUUAGUGACCCAACUGGUAUAACAACCUGCGGAUUGCAAACAGGAGACACUAUGUGUAUUUCACCUGAGAGCCUGUGGGGCUGCAUGACCUACUUCUCCUCAUCACUUCCAUUCCUGUCUGCUGCACAACAAGGUUUCUUGGGAGAAAACAUUCAGGUCCAGAUGCAGGCACCUGCUGGUGCAGAGGGUUUUUGUACUACCUAUGCUGGAUGUUCAACCAGUUACCCUGAUGCCAUGGCCAAGUGGGACGCAUUUUUCCAGGCUCUCAAGGCGACCACUGAGUCUACCCUGCCUGAUGCCGAGAAGAAAGACUCCAUUCUCGGUGUCUACUGGGAAGCUCAAAUGGCUUCAACCUACGCCUCUGCAGCAUGCGACACCAAGAAGAGCCACUAUUCAUCUGAGGAGCAGUCAUUUGCCAACAGCUGGUUGAACUCUGCAGAGUAUGUUGCAGCAGCUCAUUUCCAUUCCAACCUGGAAAAGUCUUUGCUCUUCCUGAAUCCUCUGCCAGGCCGUAUUUUACGAAACGGGGAUGUAGCUCCAAAUAUUCCUGAUCUGAGUGCGGAGGAAAACUACUCACUGUCUGUUUUUGCCUGGAUGAGAAACAUCAACACCCUUCUUGGUGGGUCUAUGGUUCGUAUGUGGAAAGGAGCGAUGUGUUCGCUGACCACCAGAGAGAGAGGAAAACAGUUGUUGGAGGAGCUCAUAACAAAUCCCAGCUUCCCCACUGCAACUUUCAUGUCCUUUGUCACAGAAAUGAGUACAACCUGCUGAGACAGAGAGAUGACGACUUCAGUAUAACCAGGGUCCCUUAAGCUCCUAAAAAAAACUUUUUAAAAUUCAAAUAACAAAAGGUCCUACAUUUGAAGAUUUAGAUAGCUUCUGGUCACAGACUACGUCCUCUUCAAUCGUUUUCACAAUCAUUGAGAUGUGAUCCUUGAUGUAUAAGGAGUACCAAAAUGUAUAAUGAAUGUCCCAUUAAAUAAAUGUAUGUAUUUUAAAAUAUGUGGAC